UGAACGCCUUUAUCUCCUCCCCUCCUUCUUCUCCUUCCUUCCUUCCUUCUUUUCUUCUCUUCUCUUCUCACUCUCAUUCUUCACCAACAAGCAACAGCCCGCCCGCAUCAACCAAGUCCAACGAAGACCACUCCACAAGCUAUCAGGACAAUCCGCUACUGUUUACAACCAAGAUGACCAACCCAUAUGACAGUCCGCCUGCCUCGCCUCGGCACUACUACAUCGAGAGCACCCCUACCUCUUCUUCAACAUCAACAUCAACAGCCACAACAACAUCAGUAACAUCCUCGCAACAAGGCCACGGACACACACGUAUCGGUGAGAUCAAACUUAUCGGUGCAGGCCCCGGGGAUCCGGAUCUGCUGACCAUGGCGGCUUACAAGGCCAUCACCUCUUGGGCAGACAUCGUCCUUGCAGAUAAGCUAGUAUCGAAGGAAAUCCUCGCCCUGGUCUCGUGUCCACUCUUCGUUGCGAACAAAGAUAAAGGAUGUCAGGCGUCAGGACAGCAGGAACUGUUUGAACGGGCCACACAGGCACUUCAGCAAGGCAUGCGAGUCGUCCGCUUGAAGCAAGGAGAUCCAUUCAUCUUUGGAAGAGGUGGAGAAGAAUAUCUCUUCUUCCGUCGCCUAGGCUAUGAGCCCACCAUCGUCCCUGGUCUCUCCUCUUCCAUCUCCGGUCCCCUCCUCGCCAACAUUCCCCUGACUCACCGUGGAGUCGCCUCCCAAUUCCUCGUCUGCACCGGCACUGGAUCCCUCGACAGCAUCCCCGAAAUGCCGACUUAUGUCCCCCAUCGGACCACAGUUUUCCUGAUGGCCCUUCAUCGACUUGAAGGACUGGUUCAGGACCUGAUCCGGGCAGGGUACCCUGGACAAUUACCCGUAGCGAUCGUCGAGCGUGCAAGUGCAAAGGAUCAGAGAUGUGUCAGGGCCACGAUCGAGAGCGUGGUCAAAGUCGUGAAGGAGGUCGGGUACCGGCCGCCGGGGAUCUUGAUUGCUGGAUGGGCCUGUGAUGCUCUGGCACAAGAUCCGAAGCAGCUGGAUACAGUGGCAGGUUCAAGCGAUAUCUGA